AUGGUGCUGUGCGACGUGUGCGGGCAGGCGCUGCCCUCUGAGGCGGCGACCAGGCGGCACCUGCAGCGCCCGUCUCUGGGCCGCCGCCAGCCCCGCUGCCUUCCCUGCGCCGCCGCCUCGGGCCGCGACGAGCUCCGGCGGCACAUGGAGAUGGCAUCCCCGGAGCCGGGCCCGCCGGGCUUCCGCCGCCCCGGGGCAGCGCCCCAGUGCCCGUUCUGCGGGGAGGCGGCGGGGCAGGAGCUGGAGGAGCACGUCAGGGCGCGGCACGGGCACCUGCUGGGCGCCCCGGGCACGGACACAGGAAAUGAUGAACAGCUCUAUGAAUGUCCUAUGUGUAGUCUUACCUGUACAAACAUUCAGAUACUUGAAGAACAUGUGGAUUUACACUUAGAGGAGCAUAACUUUUCAGAAGGUGGAAACAUCAGAGAUCUAGAACUGGCUCAGCAACUCCAAACUGAAGAAGAUGAACGGCAGAGAUCAGAAGAAGAGAAGCAAGAGAGGGAAGAAUUUAAGAAGUUGCAGAGACAGUAUGGCUUGGAUAAUUCUGGUGGCUUCAAGCAGCAAUUUCUAAAGAAUAUGGAAAGAGAAGUUGAUAGAGGAAGGAUGCAGCCCUUUGAAUAUCAUAAGAGAAAAGCUGACAUGAUGGAAAGUUUGGCUUCUGGUAUAGAUGAUGGGAAAACAAAGACAUCAGGAGUCAUUGAAGCAUUGUGCAAGUACUAUCAGAAUGAGAACAAAGACGUGAGGCGUGUGUGGCUUUCAGCAGGAGUAGAUCACUUCCACUCAUCUUUGGGUGACAGAGGCUGGGGUUGUGGUUACAGGAAUUUCCAAAUGCUCCUUUCCUCACUGUUGCAAAACAGCUUUUACAAUGACUGCCUGAGAGAUACUGCACUAAUUCCUAGUAUCCCAAAGAUUCAGUCCAUGAUUGAAGAUGCCUGGAGAGAAGGUUUUGAUCCUCAUGGGGCAUCUCACUUCAACAACAGAUUACAUGGCUCCAAAGCAUGGAUAGGAGCAUGUGAAAUUUAUUCACUGUUAACCAGUCUCAGGAUAAAGUGCCAAAUCAUUGACUUUCAUAAACCCACCGGCCCUAUGGGUACACACCCUCGCUUGUUUGAGUGGAUUUUGCACUACUAUUCUAAAGAUAAUGAAGGUGGUGCAAAGGUGCUGUGUACUUCCAAACCACCAAUCUACUUGCAACAUCAAGGUCAUAGUCGUACUGUUGUUGGUAUAGAGGAGAAGAAGAACAAAAGCUUAUGUUUGCUGCUGUUUGACCCGGGAUGUUCUUCCCAACAAAUGCAGAAACUGCUAAAACAAAACUGUGAUGGAACUGGUCUCAAACUGCUUCGGAAAUUUGUGGGUAGCCUAAAAGAAAAGCAAUACCAGAUAGUAGCUGUAGAUGGGGUGCUCUCUUUGGAAGAGAAAGCUGGUCGCUGCCGUGCUUCUCAGGUCUUAACGUCAGAGAAGAUUCCUUAAAGGAUACCUUUGUAACCUGCUUCUGGAACUUGCUGGGUGCAAAACAAUAAAAUUCUGGACCGUGGACCCUAACUUAACAAUUUUUAGACUUAUGUCUCCAUAAAUGCUUGGGAGCUCUGGGGAAGGACAAUACUGGAGCAAACCUGUAGUUUUUGUGUUCAGUCAAAACUGGCAUCCUGAUACAAAUGUAACUCUGAAGUAUUGAGGUCUUUGUCUUACUCUCUAAGUUGCUUAGAUUUAGCAACACUUACUGUCUUGUAGCAAAUUAUGCACCCUUGUUACUGAACAGUGGAUAAAGGUACUAUGGAGCUCCUUAAUUGGAGUUCCUGGUCAUGGUUUACCUCUGUAAAUGUGUUUAUGCUGCCACUGUGACCUCUAUUUCUUCACAAUUCAGUCUGUUCCACCAGGGAUUAGUUUAUUAGUAAACUUUUCAAUUAGCUGGCUUACUCUAGCUGUAUCGCUUGAACACAUGUGCUUAGGAGGUGGAUCAGUGUUGGUAUUGGCUAAGAGGUCUAAGAAUGCAGUGUCAAAAAUCAUGUGUGUGCUUCAGGUGCUCUGCAAGACGAUCCUUUGGGGUAGAGGAAGAAAAUAUUCCUUUUGUACCAUAAAUGAAUAAAAUUAAUAUGUUUUUAAAA